AGCAUAAAUUGUUAUUUGUUAAUGUAUUCAUUUUUUGGCUAUUUGUUCUGGGUAAAAAUCUGCUUCUACUAUUGAAUCUUUCCUGGAUUUUUUACUCCUAUUGGGUUUUUAUAGUAAAAAUACAUAAUAAAAGGAAAACAAAAGUUUUAUAGAUUCUCUUAAACCCCUUACGAUAAAAGUUGGAAUCAAAAUAAUUCAGGAUCAGAUGCUCUUUGAUUGAUUCAGAUGCGAUUACAGUUGCAUGGCAAAUUUUCUAGAUCCGUCGUCACAUUUUAUUUUCUGUUUAAAUAUCUAAAUCUGAUAUAUGAUGUCGACAAAUUCUGGUGGCUUAUACAUCACUUCAACUGUUUUCUUUUGGCUUUGUUUGUCAACUUGGUUUUCAAUACGAUUUGUGAUUUCGAUCGCUGAAUUUUUAAUACAAGCAAACUGAUGUUAACCACAAGCAAGAGAUGUGACCUGCCUUAUUAACAUCGUAUUACUUACUACUAGUCGUAUUCUCAACGCAAUCGUUUUUGUAUUUCUCACAUUAUGCCGCUUCUCUACUCUUUAUUCCUUUUGGUCCACGCAUUUUCUAUUUGUGGCAAUCCCUUUCACAACCUGAUUUCCCACUUUGGAUCAUUUGUCUGAAGACUCUCUUGAAUCGUUACCACUUGUUUCUUAAACAUGGGUGCAGGUGGAAGAAUGCCGGUUCCUACUUCUUCCAAGAAAUCGGAAACCGACACCACAAAGCGUGUGCCGUGCGAGAAACCGCCUUUCUCGGUGGGAGAUCUGAAGAAAGCAAUCCCGCCGCAUUGUUUCAAACGCUCAAUCCCUCGCUCUUUCUCCUACCUUAUCAGUGACAUCAUUAUAGCCUCAUGCUUCUACUACGUCGCCACCAAUUACUUCUCUCUCCUCCCUCAGCCUCUCUCUUACUUGGCUUGGCCACUCUAUUGGGCCUGUCAAGGCUGUGUCCUAACUGGUAUCUGGGUCAUAGCCCACGAAUGCGGUCACCACGCAUUCAGCGACUACCAAUGGCUGGAUGACACAGUUGGUCUUAUCUUCCAUUCCUUCCUCCUCGUCCCUUACUUCUCCUGGAAGUAUAGUCAUCGCCGUCACCAUUCCAACACUGGAUCCCUCGAAAGAGAUGAAGUAUUUGUCCCAAAGCAGAAAUCAGCAAUCAAGUGGUACGGGAAAUACCUCAACAACCCUCUUGGACGCAUCAUGAUGUUAACCGUCCAGUUUGUCCUCGGGUGGCCCUUGUACUUAGCCUUUAACGUCUCUGGCAGACCGUAUGACGGGUUCGCUUGCCAUUUCUUCCCCAACGCUCCCAUCUACAAUGACCGAGAACGCCUCCAGAUAUACCUCUCUGAUGCGGGUAUUCUAGCCGUCUGUUUUGGUCUUUACCGUUACGCUGCUGCACAAGGGAUGGCCUCGAUGAUCUGCCUCUACGGAGUACCGCUUCUGAUAGUGAAUGCGUUCCUCGUCUUGAUCACUUACUUGCAGCACACUCAUCCCUCGUUGCCUCACUACGAUUCAUCAGAGUGGGACUGGCUCAGGGGAGCUUUGGCUACCGUAGACAGAGACUACGGAAUCUUGAACAAGGUGUUCCACAACAUUACAGACACACACGUGGCUCAUCACCUGUUCUCGACAAUGCCGCAUUAUAACGCAAUGGAAGCUACAAAGGCGAUAAAGCCAAUUCUGGGAGACUAUUACCAGUUCGAUGGAACACCGUGGUAUGUAGCGAUGUAUAGGGAGGCAAAGGAGUGUAUCUAUGUAGAACCGGACAGGGAAGGUGACAAGAAAGGUGUGUACUGGUACAACAAUAAGUUAUGAGGAUGAUGGUGAAGAAAUUGUCGACCUUUCUCUUGUCUGUUUGUCUUUUGUUAAAGAAGCUAUGCUUCGUUUUAAUAAUCUUAUUGUCCAUUUUGUUGUGUUAUGACAUUUUGGCUGCUCAUUAUGUUAUGUGGGAAGUUAGUGUUC